AGCUAAGCAUCCACUUUCUCAGCCUUGGCUUUCUUUCCAAUGAGCAGCUGCCCCUCUUUGUAAGGGGUUUUUAAACAGCAUCCUGGGCUUUAAGGAGAGACUCCUGGGAGAAAACGGAUAAAGAACAGAGAGAAAAAUGCAGGAGAAAUGUUUAGAGGAGGAAGAGCAAGUGCUUUUCUGAUGCUGUUUGCAGAAGGUGGAGUUAUGAGCAAUCCUGUAUCUUUGGUACCACCAAAGGAUUGGUCCUUCCGCGGAUGUAAAUGCACCAGAUGUUGGACGCCAUGGCUAAGUCGACGGGGGAAGAGCCAGUUCCCAAAGUCCGAGAGCUUUGUGGCGAAUGUGGGCAGCCGCACUCUUUGCCAGACAACCACCUUUACAACUUUCAGGAUGAAGUGGAUGAUGACCUGACUUGCCACAUUUGCCUUCAGCCCUUGCUCCAGCCCAUGGACACGCCUUGUGGACACACAUACUGUUUUAAGUGCCUCGAAAACUUCAUGCAAGAGUACAGCUUCUGUCCUAUGGAUCGGAAAAAGCUGUCUUUCCAGCAUUGCCGGAAAUCUAGCCUUUUAGUGAGGAAUCUGCUGGACAAGCUCAUUGUCCUUUGCCCUUUUCAAGAUGACUGCAAGCAAACUAUGCAACGGUGCGAGCUUGAGGCUCACUUACAGAACAGGUGUCCUGGUUUCAAGAAGUACAAAGCUCAGUUGGAAAGGAAAAAGAACCCUCGCUCUAAGCUGAAGGGAGACUCUCUGUCCCGUCUGGAAGCAAAUACUCUGAAAGAUCCCGAAAUAUCAAAUGGAGUGUCAUCCCCAGCGGCUGGUAGCUCAGGAGCUGCUGUGAUAUCUCUGGAGACACCAGAACCUGGUAUGGUUAAUCCAGCCUUCGAUGAGAGUGAAGAAGAUUUACCCCAAAGAACUAGUCUUAUAGCGGAGACAAAUGCAAUUGAAAUUCAUCGAGAUGAUCCUGAGGAAGAACUUGGGAUGCGGAUAGUUGGGGGUAAAGAUACACCUCUUGGCAACAUCGUUGUCCAAGAAGUUCUUCCAGAUUCAGUUGUUGCUGCAGAUGGAAAAAUAGCACCCGGAGACCAUAUCCUGGAGAUAAAUGGUGUCAACAUUAGCAGCGUGACUCACUUCCAGGCAGUCUCCUUGCUCCGCCAGCCCUGUGCUGUGCUCCACCUCAUAGUGUUGCAAGAGAAAGGAUUUAUCGGCAGGACAGGGCACCCAGAUUCUGGCCCGACGAUCAGCCAGGAGGUGAUCCACGUUACCCUUCUAAAGAGAGACCGCUCUGAGCCUCUUGGCAUCAAACUGAUCAGGAAAACAGAUGAGCCUGGGAUUUUUAUUCUAGAUCUGCUAGAUGGAGGAUUGGCCUCCAAAAAUGGGAAACUGAAGCAGAAUGAUAAAGUUCUUUCUAUCAAUGGCCAGGACCUCCGUCAGGGAACGCCGGAAGCAGCUGCGCAGAUAAUCCAGAUUAGUGAAGCAAGAGUCAACUUCGUAGUUCUCCGUCAGGCCGGUGUGCCGCUCAAUGAUGCUGUUGAGGAUGGCAGCACAUCCAACACUAGCAGCAGCAGCAGCAGUAGCAAUGGAGGAAGCCCUGUGCGCCUUCGCAGGAAACCUCAGUGGAGUCACUAUCGGCGAAAAUCCAGCUACCAGAAGGCACUCCCUCAAGGAUACAGCAACCAGGAGAAGACAGUUACUAUUAAAAAGGAGCCAAAGGAAUCUCUAGGAAUAACAAUAGGAGGCGGAAGGGAUGCUAAAAAUAAGCUCCCCAUUUAUGUGACUAGUGUGCAGCCUGUUGGAUGCCUCUUCAGGGAUGGUAGAAUUAGGAAAGGAGAUAUACUUUUGAGCAUCAACAAUAUAGAUCUGACUCACCUGAGCUACAGUGAAGCUGUCUCCGCUCUGAAAUCAAAUGCAGCAUUACAUUUAGUGACCUUGAAAGCUCUGGAAAUUGGGAUACCUGAGAAGGUGUCUGACUCUCCUGAGACAUCCGAAAGCAGGGAAAAUGGGUUCGGCUGGGCUCCUCUCUGGAUCAUGUGGCUUGGAUUACCUAGCCACCUCCACUGCUGCCAAGAUAUUAUCUUGCACAAAAGCAACGCUGAGAGUUGGGGAUUCAGCAUAGUUGGUGGAUUUGAAGAAAACAAAGGAAGCAAUCCGUUCUUCAUUAAAACCAUUGUGCCUGGAACACCGGCCUUCUGGGACAGAAGAUUGAAGUGUGGGGAUGAAAUUGUGGCAGUAAAUGGAGUGUCGGCGGUAGGAAUGAGCAACGGUGAACUGAUUCCCAUGCUGAAGGAGCAACGGAAUAAAGUGACUCUUACGGUUGUGUCCUGGCCUGGCAGCCUUGUGUAAGCUGUAACCUCUGAUGCAGAGUUUGAUUUGGGAACUACUUCUGUGCAAGGUUUCAAGGCCUGAAGUGAUGAACUAGCCAAGGAAACAGUGAACAGCUGGUUUCAAGUAGCUGUGUUCAAGUUCUUCACUGGAAGCCCUGUUCUUAAUCAAAAAGCAAGCAUUAGUUUGUUGAUAGAAUUCGAUUCAGGACCCACCUUUUGGCAGAUGAAACCCAGACUUCAGUAAGCAUUUCACGUUCUGCCAUUUUGUGAUUCCUCCCGCCCCAUCCUCCUCAGGUCCAUCCAUACGGUGAACGUGCCGACUCUGAGCCACAGUCUACUUCUCUUGAACUCUCUAUUUUAACCCUCUUCAAAUGAUUGUAAACAAAAUCUAAGGUUAGGGCCCUUAACGUAGUCAAUGAUGUUGGCAGAUAUUUUAAUUUUGGCAGUAGCUUUCAAGAUAUUGACGAAUAAAUUCAACAAACUGCUUUCUAA